UCUUACCAGGAAGUGAAAUGCCGGAGACGUCUCCGGUUUUGUUUUGACAAUGAUGGAGGAGGAAGAAUUUGAAUUUGCUGAGGAUUUGGAGGGUAUUUUGCAUCUUACCCCAGAGGUGCAGUUAGCCAUCGAACAGGUUUUCCCCAGCCAAGACCCACUUGACAGAGCAGACUUCAAUGCUGUGGAGUACAUCAACACACUGUUCCCCACCGAGCAGUCCCUGGCUAAUAUUGAUGAUGUGGUGAACAAGAUUCGUCUCAAGAUUCGGCGUCUGGAUGACAAUAUCAGGAUGGUGGUGAGAGGCCAGACUAAUGUAGGUCAGGAUGGCAGACAGGCUCUGGAAGAGGCCCAGAUAGCCAUCCAGCAACUCUUUGGCAAAAUCAAGGACAUCAAGGACAAAGCAGAAAAGUCUGAACAAAUGGUUAAGGAGAUUACAAGGGACAUUAAGCAGUUGGAUCAUGCCAAGCGCCACCUUACUACAUCCAUCACCACCCUCAACCAUCUGCACAUGUUGGCAGGUGGUGUGGACUCUUUAGAAGCCAUGACCAGAAAGAGGCAGUAUGGUGAGGUGGCCAACUUGCUGCAGGGAGUGGUCAAUGUGCUUGAACAUUUCCACAAGUACAUGGGCAUUCCCCAGAUCAGACAGCUUUCUGAGAGAGUGAAAGCAGCACAGAGUGAGUUGGGUACUCAGAUACUGGCAGAUUUUGAAGAAGCCUUUCCCUCUCAGGGCACUAAGAGACCAGGUGGUCCUAGUAAUGUGCUGAGAGACGCCUGUCUGGUGGCAAAUGUGCUGGACCCACGUAUUAAACAGGAGAUUAUUAAAAAGUUCAUUAGGCAGCAUCUCUCAGAGUAUUUAGUGCUCUUCCAGGAAAACCAAGAUGUUGCAUGGCUGGACAAGAUCGAUCGCCGCUACGCUUGGAUCAAACGGCAGCUGGUGGACUAUGAGGAGAAAUAUGGACGCAUGUUUCCUGAGGAAUGGUGCAUGACGGAGCGUAUUGCUGUGGAAUUCUGCCACAUCACCAGGGUGGAGCUUGCCAAAGUGAUGCGAACACGGGCUAAGGAGAUUGAGGUGAAACUGCUCCUGUUCGCCAUCCAGAGGACCACAAACUUUGAGGGUUUACUGGCCAAACGCUUCACAGGAUGCACCCUCACCGAUGUACCAGGACAAAAGAGACCAGAGAGCCCUUUAGAACCAACUAACCCCUUCUCGGAGGAUGAGGCAGGUGAAGAAGUGAGCACAGAAAAGGAUGAGGAUCUAGCUAAGCCCAGGAAGCCCAAAGCUCCAGACAACCCUUUCCAUGGCAUUGUGUCCAAGUGUUUUGAACCUCAUCUAUAUGUCUACAUAGAAUCCCAAGACAAGAACCUGGGUGAACUUAUCGACCGGUUUGUGGCUGACUUCCGAGCACAAGGUCCACCCAAGGCAGGCACGGAGGAGGGCGGCGCAGUCUUGCCCAGCUGUGCUGACCUCUUUGUCUAUUACAAGAAGUGCAUGGUGCAGUGCUCACAGCUAAGCACUGGAGAACCAAUGAUUGCCCUCACAACUAUCUUCCAGAAAUUCCUGAGGGAGUAUGCUUGGAAGAUUCUCUCUGGGAAUCUGCCUAAGUCCAGCAGUAACAGUGGGGGUCUUACCAUCAGCAGUCUACUGAAGGAGAAAGAGGGCUCAGAGGCUGCAAAGUUCACUGUAGAUGAACUCUGUCUCAUCUGUAGCAUCCUAAGCACUGCUGAGUACUGUUUGGCAACCACACAACAGCUGGAAGAGAAGCUAAAGGAGAAAGUUGAUAAACUCCUGAUGGAGAGAAUUAACCUGACUGGGGAGAUGGAUACAUUUAGCACCGUGAUCUCAAACAGUAUUCAGUUGCUCGUUCAAGAUCUCGACGCUGCCUGUGACCCUGCUCUUACUGCAAUGAGCAAGAUGCCGUGGCAGAGUGUGGAGCAUGUAGGCGACCAGAGUCCUUAUGUGACGUCAAUUAUCAUGCACAUUAAACAAAAUGUGCCAAUCAUCAGAGACAAUCUGGCCUCCACACGGAAAUACUUCACACAGUUCUGCAUCAAGUUCACAAAUUCUUUCAUUCCCAAAUUCAUCAACCACCUGUUCAGAUGCAAGCCUAUCAGCAUGGUGGGAGCUGAACAACUCCUCCUCGACACCCACUCCCUGAAGACGGUCUUGCUGGAUCUGCCCUCCAUAGGCUCCCAAGUGCUCCGCAAGGCCCCUGCCAGCUACACCAAGAUAGUUGUAAAAGGCAUGACCCGAGCAGAGAUGAUACUUAAGGUGGUGAUGGCCCCACAUGAACCGCCAGUGGUGUUUGUGGAUAACUACAUCAAGCUCCUGGCUGAUGGCAAUCCUGAGACCUUCCAGAAGAUUUUGGACAUGAAGGGUCUGAAGCGCAGUGAACAGAGCAGCAUGCUGGAGCUCUUCAGGCAGAGGCUGCCCACUCCACCUUCAGGGGCUGACGGUGGCCCGUCUCUGUCCUUCAGUGCCCCGACCCCAGAGCAGGAGUCGUCCCGCAUCCGUAGACUAGAGAAACUGAUCAAGAAGAGACUCUAAUCAGAAAGGCACUGAACUUACAUAAAGGACAGUCAAAAGGCUGUAGGAUAAGACCUAAAUUUAUUCCUCUCACAAACUCCCAUCAUGACUGAAGGGACCAUGAAGAAUGACACAAAGAGAAAAAAAAAAAAGAAAGUUGCUUAACUUUUCUGACUGUGAUGUUGAACUGAGUUGAUGUCAAAUUAUGAAGAAACCUCUUCAACUGAUCCUUGCUGUUGCUACAUAUGUCAUCCACUUAUGUAAUUUCCUCUUGCUUUUCGUGACACUAAUGUCUGGGCUUUGUAGCACUGGUACAUGGUUGCACAGUACAUUUGCACUCACAGGACAGAAUGUAGUGCUGUCAACUAAAUUCUGCUCAGUAAUCCACUGGCUGCCUCUGGGAUGUGUCUAAUCCAAGAUGAUCACCAGCAGCCUGAUCUUACUUAAAGUUGAUGUUUUCUGAAUAUAGUGCACUCCAGCGAUACCCAGGGCGUUCCUCAAUUAUUUUAAUUUAAAGUGAGGGGUACUGGGUCCAAUUCUGCGUGCAUCUCUGCAUUCCAUUAAAGUGAGAAUGCGUCAUAGGUGUCAGCAUAGUUUCUGUGAACGGUGACCUAAAACAAAUCACUAAGCCUGAGAAAAAGACAUGAGGCCGAGGUUAACUUGGAAAGUAGCUAAUCGAAGACUUUUGGCUCGGGACUUUGCCUAGAACAGGCCGAUGAUGGUAUACUGUAUGUAAACAUAAGCACAUAAUGUGUGCGGUCAGUCCUGUUUUGUAAAGUCAAAAGUACUAAAAUGUGUUCAUGCAAGAAUGUGUAUUUGUCUGUUUCAUCUACACUUUGCUGUACUUGCAGGCCAAUUUACAAACUGUUAUUUGUGAAUUACGUAUUUAUCCUAGAAAUACACUGAAACUUAAGAACUGUCUCAACACUUGUGGGAACUGACCUUUUGUUUAUCCUCAUGUAUGUCAAACACAGCAGGUAUGCCACAGACUGCAACCUAGGUUCCCUGAUUCCCUGCACAUCAAAUAAAAUGUAAAUGCA